UCAAGUUCGGCAGUGUGUUGUCGGAAGAGUUUAGCAUUUUGUGCUAACGUACUCACAACAAUGCUAAAAAUCAUUAAAUAAAUAACAUUUAUGAGCGCACACAUCACCGGUUGAUAAUAAGAAGGUACGGUGCGUGAUUUUAGCCCCAGUUUGUCAUGCUAACGCAGCCUUGCGGGGAGUAAUGAGGAGAGGCUGAUGUUACGCGGGUCUGAAGUUAAUCCGCAGCAUCUUUAUUUUUAACGUGAAGAUGACCGAGAGGGAGGAACGGCGCUUCGCUGAAGUGCCCCGGGAGUCCGUCAAACUGAUGGCGGAAAGCGCCGGAGUGGAGCUCAGCGAGGAGCUGGCGGGUCUGCUGGCCGAGGAUGUGUGCUACCGGCUCAGGGAGGCCACACAGAACAGCUCACAGUUUAUGAGACAUGCAAAGAGACGGAAACUGAGUGUGGAAGACUUCAACAGAGCACUGCGGUGGAGCAAUACUGAGACUGUUUGCGGCUACGGUGCACAAGACACCUUACCUUUCCGUCCACUAAAGGAAGGAGAACUUUUCUAUGUAGAGGAUCGGGAGAUAAAUCUGGUGGAGUUAGCUCUUGCUACCAACAUCCCCAAAGGCUGUGCAGAGACAAUGGUUCGAGUGCAUGUGUCAUAUCUUGAUGGGAAAGGCACUUUAGAACCUCAAGGCACAGUGCCCACUGCUGUUCAGUCUCUAUCAGAAGAUCUUCUGAAGUAUUAUCAACAGAUAACACGGGCCAUUUUAGGAGAGGAUCCACAUCUCAUGAAGGUGGCUUUGCUGGACCUCCAGUCCAAUUCAAAGAUCGCUGCCCUCCUGCCUUACUUUGUUUACGUCAUCAGUGGGGUAAAAUCAGUAAGUCAUGAUCUGGACCAGUUAAACCGGCUUCUCCACAUGGUGAAGAGUUUGGUGCAGAAUCCGUACCUUUAUCUGGGAUCGUAUGUGCGCAGUCUGGUGUCCAGUGUCAUGUACUGCAUCCUGGAGCCUCUGGCGGCCUCCAUUAACCCCCUCAAUGACCAUUGGACCCUCAGAGACUAUGCCGCCCUUCUGCUCAGCCACAUCUUCUGGACACAUGGUGAUCUGGUGAGCGGCCUGUACCAUCAGAUCCUUCUCUCUCUGCAAAAAGUUCUAUCCGACCCUGUUAGGCCUCUCUGUUCUCACUAUGGAGCCGUAGUGGGUCUGCAUGCCCUCGGCUGGAAGGCUGUUGAACGUGUGCUCUAUCCCCACCUCCCUGCCUAUUGGGCCAAUCUGCAAGCUGUGUUGGAUGAUUACUCUGUGUCUAAUGCUCAGGUGAAAGCUGACGGACACAAAGUGUAUGGAGCCAUUCUAGUGGCGGUAGAGCGUUUGCUGAAGAUGAAGGCACUCAGUCUAACCCAGGCAGCAGAAGGAAGCAGUGCUGCUCUUUCGGGCUCCGUUACAGGACCUGUCGGGUUCAGAGAAAACUCACCGGGUCUCAGCCCACCACCAGAACCUCUUUCUGAACCUCCACUUGGCAUUGCAAGUCAUCUUCAAGCAGGUGGAGCUGGCAGCCUGUGGGAGGAGUGGACGCCUGUAUCUCUUCCUGCCAUGUACUGUGAACUCUACUCAUUUUUUGGAGACAGUCUGGCUGUGCGCUUCAGCACUGACCCACCACUAGCUGGCGCUGCACCUGCAGGUCCCAGUCAACCACUUGAGGGCCGAAAAGAGCCGGCGACUGCUGCCCCCAAUCUUGAGAGCACGCGAAAAAUGCCCCAGCUGACGGCCAGCAUGAAUAUAAGCCCGCGGCAAGAUGGAAGCCCACGUACUGAACCACAGCCACCCAGUCUGGCUGCUACUGUCCCGGGGAGAUCUCUUGCCCGCUCGUCCUCGUCCUCCUCAUCCGUCUCACGUUCCAGGUCAUCUUCAUCACGUCCCGGACGCUCGAGCAGUCAAUCCAGAGACAUUUUCCCUAAAGCCCGUUUCCCGUUGCCCCAGGCUGGACCUCCUGCUUUCUCUUUCAUCAUUGGCGGGCGUCAAAUGGGCCGACGCUGUCAGGGCCGACGCUUUCAGACGAGCUUUACCCCAACUCCCCCUCUAACCUCGCUCCCACCCCGCGCUUAUGCCCACAAGCUGCCGGUAAUCGGGAGGGUCAGCAAACCUGUGCGCCGCUGGACGUCUUCACAUUACUCGCUUCACCUGCCACUUUAAAACACAAGGGUGACGUAUGGGACGUUUAGAAACACGAGACCCCAGUGACAUCUCAUGUGGUGCUGCAUUUUAGUAAUACAGAUAAAAAUACUAAUGCUAAAAUGUUUUCGAUAUUCAGAAUGCGUCACUAUUCUCUCUGGAAUGAUUUUGGGCUAAUUUUAACAGCAGAUGGGAAUAAUUUAAACUGCUCAUUAUGAAUUCACUUAAAUCUUAUUAAUGAUUAUUUUAAGUUGUAUUUGAAUGGCGGUGUUUCCCAACCCUAUUCCUAAAGGCACACCAACAGUACAUAUUUUGGAUGUCUCCCUUAUCUGACCCAUUAAUAAUUUAGGUUUUUGAGUCUCUUAUGUUCUGAUGAGUUGAUUCAGGUGUGUUUGAUUAGGGAAAGGUUGAAAAUGAGUACUGUUGGUGUGCCUUCAGGAACAGGGUUGGGAAACACUGUUGUAAGUAAUUAGAUGCAAGCAGAGUACAGCAGUUUGUAAAGCAUACAGACUUUUUUAUUUUCAAAAUGUAUCACUUCUCUCUUAAAUUGAUUCCGAACUAGUUUUAACAGCAGAUGGGAAUAAUUAAACAGCUCAUUAUGAAUUCACUUAAACCUUAUUAAUGAUUAUUUUGGGUUCAAGUAGUAUUUGAAGGGCGGUGUUUCCCAACCCUGUUCCUGGAGGCACACCAACAGUACAUGUUUUUUAGUUCUCCCUUUAUCUGACCAAUUAACUUCAGGUUUUGGAGUCUCAUCUGAUGUUCUGAUGAGUUGAUAUAUAGGUGUGUUUGAUUAGGGAGAGGUUGAAAAUGUGUACUGUUGGUGUGUUUUCAGGAACAUUGUUGGGAAACACUGUUGUAAGGUAUUAGAUGCAGUUUUUUUUAAUACUGUGCGCCGCUGGACGUCUUCACAUUACUCGCUUUAGCUGCCGCUUUAAAACCCGAGGGUGACGAAUGGGACGUUUAGAAACACGAGACUCCUGUGACAUCUCAUCUGGUGGCUGCAUUUUAGUAAUAGCGAUUAAAAAUACUAAUGCUAAAGUGUUUUCUAUUUUCAAAAUGCAUCACUAUUCUCUCUGGAAUCUGUUCUGGGCUAAAUUUCACAGCAGAUGGGAAUAAUUUAAACCGUUCGUUAUAAAUUCACCUAAACCUUGUUAAUGAUUAUUUUAGGUUCAAGUGGUAUUUGUAAGGCAGUGUUUCCCAACUCUGUUCCUGUAUGCACACCAACAGUACAUAUUUUGGAUGUCUCCCUGAACCCAUUAACUUUAGGUUUUGGAGAGAUUAUUUAGGUGUGUUUGAUUAGGGAGUGGUUGAAAAUGUGUACUGUUGGUGUGCCUUCAGGAACAGGGUUGGGAAACACUGCCUUACAAAUACCACUUGAACCUAAAAUAAUCAUCAAAAUGAAUUAAGUAGUCAAACAGCAAGAAAUUAGAUGCAAGCAGAGUAUGGCUGUUUGUAAAGCAAAUAUAUUCGAUUUUCAAAAUGCAUCACUUCUCUCUUGAAUGAUUCAGAGGUAGUUUGAGUAACAGAUGGAAAUAAUUUAAACGGAUCACUAUGAACACUCUUUCAAUUCUCUUAAACUUUAUCAAUGAUUAUUUUAGGCUCAAGUGGUAUUCAUAAGAAAUUGGAUGCAAGCAGAGUACAGUUGUUUAAACAGUAAAGCAUACAGCGCCAUCUGCUGUUAAAAACUAAGCUCAGAAUCGAUUUAAGAGAAAAUAGUGAUGCAUUUUUUUUACUUCUUAUAAUUGAUUUCUUAAACAAUAAUUUGCUAUGGUUAGGGUUGUCACAAAACUGGAAUUUGCUUCCAAUCAAUACUGAAAUGUUAAAAACGCCCAUUCCAGCUAACAUUUGAGCUCUGUUGAGCACAUUCUUAAACUGCGCUGAUUUGCCAUUGUGUUGACAUGCUCAACAGAAUUGACUGUGAUUGGCCGUGAAGGUCAUCAGUUCACCGAUACAGAGACACUAGAGCGUAUCAAAGUCAUGUCAAUCAGCUGGUUUGUCUAUAAGCUGACAUAUGAGAAUUCCGCUCAUAAAUCGCGGUGUUAAAAUGCUCCAGUGUCUCUGUAUCUGUGGUUACACUCAGUAAACAGCGGUGAGUUCGAUGAACUGAUGACCUUAACGGCCACAGUCAUUUCCGUUGAGUACAUGAACACAAUGGCAAAUCAGUGCUGUUUAAGAACGUGCUCAGCAGCGCUCAAAUGUUCGUGGGAAAUGAUUUUAAAAUUUUAGUAUCAUUUGGUACCGAAUUCCAGUAUCGUGACAACACUAGCUACGGCUUUACAAAGUGCUUUUCGCAAAUAAGGCAAGUAUUAUUUUGGUGGAGUUGUUUUUGAAUGGCCAUAUUACUCUUCUGAUUCUGUUCAGUAGAAUUAACGUUGAAUUAUUUCAUAGUUAAUGAAUCUACUGAUGUUAAUAGAAUCAGAUUUCUAGUGGAGUUAAAAUUUAUAUUUAAUGUUCUCGCUGGAUGAAGAUGAGCAAAUACUGCUACAUUGGCUUUAGUUAUAACAGUAUGUAUGUGAGUGAUGUUUUUACAAUGUAUAA